AUGCAUUUAGAAAAAGAACAUCUUGAAUUAGCUAUUAUAUGCUAUCAGAUAGCAAUUGAAUAUACAUCGACAGAUUAUGAACGAAUGAAAAUAUAUGAACUAUUAUCAUGGAUUUAUCUAAGUGAAAUGAGAAGCUUCGCAGUGGAUAGAUAUAAGCAAGUGGAAUACAUUCGAAUGGCUAUAAAAUAUCAAAAAUUACAAUUAGAAAAUAGUUUAUUAUAUCAUUUUACAGAAAUACUUAGAAUUCCUAAAUUAAUGCAAUGGAUAGCUAAGAAUUAUGAAUCUAUAGAUGAAUAUGAUGAUGCAUUGAUUAUUUAUGAUAGAACAUUAAAAAUGUUCGAAGAUCAAUUGCAUCCACCUUUUGAUACGAUUUUAAAUAUUCUUAAGAAAAUAUUAAACAUUUAUAAAGAACAAAAACAUGAUCUACAUUCUGUACUUAAAUAUAAAAUUAUUCAACAUAAAUACAUUGUAAGAGAUGCGUAUGAAACGCCAUUCGAAGAAUAUAAUAUAAAUUAUAUUGUUGAUCAAAGAUUUGAACUUCGACUGCGACAAGAAACAAUAUUUAAAAGUCAUAUUGAAUUAGCUCACCGUUUUCUGGAUGUCAAUGACUAUUAUAUGGGAAAUGAACAUUUAUCAGAAGCGUUAGAAUUGGCUGAUAAAAACAACUUUGGUAAUCCUUGUCCGAAGGAAGCAGAAUUUUUGAAAGAGUGA